AUGUCGCGCAUACUCCGAGAAACCCUUCGAAGGGCCACACCCGGCGGGGUCUUCCGUCUUACGCUCGAUGGCGUGGGACUCUUCUGCGCCUGUACGCUUAUCUGGGAGCAUCUCAUCACGGUGCAGCUCAGUGAAGGGCCGUCAAUGUACCCGACGUUCAAUCCGCGAGGCGACUACCUGUUGAUAUCGAGGGUGCAUAAACAUGGCCGGGGGAUUGAGGUGGGGGAUGUGGUGCGGUUCUAUCAUCCUACGUUUUUGGGGGUGAAUGGGGCGAAGAGGGUUAUUGGGAUGCCGGGGGAUUUUGUCUGUCGGGAUUUGCCGUUUAGUACGGAGGUUGGGAAGAGUCAGGAGAUGAUUCAGGUGCCCGAGGGUCAUGUGUACGUGGGAGGUGAUAACCUUCCCUGGUCUAGGGACUCGAGAAACUAUGGACCCAUACCUAUGGGCUUGAUCAAUGGAAAGAUCAUUGCCCGUGUUUGGCCGCUCUCCAAAGCGCAAUGGGUCCAGAAUACGAUGCAGCCAGCUCAGCUCGACGACUAG